AUGUUAGUAUCAAUAUUAACAAAGAGAUCUAUCCCAAUCACUACUCGUAAUGCAUUGAAAUCAACAAUAUCAAAGAGAAAAUUCAGUUUUUCUUCUUCAUCAUGGACUUCAAAUGGAAGUUCAAAAUCAUAUUCAACAGCAUCAUCCACGGCUGGGGCAGCAACAACAACUGCUUCUUCAAUCAAUUUUGAUUCAGUAUUAAGUAAUUUUCAUAAUUAUGAUAUAGCAGUAGCUUAUCAACCUAAAGAUCGGGAAGAAUCUAAUUUAUUUAAAAAAAGAAAUAAUCAUAAUUCAAGUGCUGCAUUAGAAUCACCAACUGGUGAAGAUAAUUUAUUUGUAUCUAAAGAAUCUCCUAAAGGAUUUGUAGCAAUUGGUGUGGCUGAUGGUGUUGGAGGUUGGUCAGAAGCAGGAUAUGAUUCAUCGGCAAUUUCUCGAGAAUUAUGUGCAUCAAUGAAAUUAAAUUUUGAAAUUGAUUCCAAUGAAUCAGAAUUAUCACCCAAACAAUUAUUAGAUGAUGCUUUUAAUCAAGUUAUGGAAUCUCCUAAAGUUAAGAUUGGUGGGACUACUGCAUGUUUAGGUAUAUUGUCACCGGAUAAGAAAUUGAAAGUAGCUAAUUUGGGUGAUUCUUGGUGUGGGGUAUUUAGAGAUUAUAAAUUAAUUAAUGAAACAAAAUUCCAAACUCAUAAUUUCAAUACUCCAUAUCAAUUAGCUAAGAUCCCAAGGCAUAUUGUUAAACAAGCAGAAAUGGAAGGUAGAAGAUAUAUUAUUGAUACUCCUGCAUUAGCGGAUGAAUAUACUUGGGAUUUACAAAAAGAUGAUAUAAUAAUGUUUGCCACGGAUGGAGUAACAGAUAAUGUAAUAGCACAAGAUGUUGAAAUAUUCUUAAAAGAUCAUAUUGAAGGACAAAACCAGAAAUUAGAUGUGGUUGCAAAAGAAUUUGUUAAUGAAGUUGUUAAAGUUUCAAAAGAUCCAACUUUCCCCAGUGCUUUUGCUCAAGAAUUAAGUAAAUUAACUGGUCAAAAGUAUUUAGGUGGUAAAGAAGAUGAUAUUACAAUUGUAUUGAUUAAAGUUAAUUAG